AUGGCCGGACGACAACAAAAUCAAGCAUUCGUUACCGCUUAUUCGCCAAUACACGAGCGCGAACACGAAGGCGAUGAUGUCAAUGAUGUAAACGACGUCUUUGAAGAGACGGGUUCGGCUGGUGGAUGCGCUUGCUUUAGGUCAUCUUGCUUCGGAUGGAAUGGCGAAAACAAUGGAGAAAAGAGGUACCUCUUGCAAGACGAAGUAAAGAAGUUGAAGGAGUUUACGGAGGUCGUAGCAGGGCCGAAAUGGAAAAACUUGUUACGAAAAAUUGGCAGGAUUUGUAAUGCAAAGAAAUCUAAAACACAGUUUCAGUAUUCUCCAGAAAGCUAUGCUCUCAACUUUAAUGGCGACGACGACGACGAUGACGAGGAAGACUACCAUUUGGUGAAUAAUUUUUCAGCAAGAUUUGCUCCUCAAGCUUUCAAUGAUCAACAGAAAAAGGAUGCUUUGUGA